GUUCUGAUUGACUGGCCUGACGUUCUCCAGAGCGUGCGCACUGUCGCGAUAUUUAAAUUCCAAAGAUGGCGGCAUGUGGACACGAGUCCUGAGAACAAGUGACUGAAUUUUAUUAAAAUUUAUAACGGAUACUGAAUAAAAAAUUUUUAAAAAAUGACAGACAGCGUAUGCCGAGCACUUGGAAUCGACCAGGUCGAUCUAGGUGGAAAAUUAAUAAUGAUCGACGAACGUCAUGGAUCUGAUGCUAAUUUUAUCAUAAACACAGUACUGUCUAAAUCACUGGAACAAGGCCGUGGAAUUUGUCUCGUUCUAUUUCACAACACAUUUGGUCAUUAUCAUAAUAUUGGUAUGAAACUUGGGUACAAUUUAACUGUCUUACGUGAGCGCGGUGAAGUAACGGUUGUUGAACCAAUGAAGUCAAUAGUCUGCAACAUUGAAGAAUUGGGUCACGAUUCUGUUGAUCCAGGUACAUCUGAACUGGAAGAAAGAUUGCGUGAUACAUUUACCAAUAACACACAGAUACCAGACCCCCUAAAGCUGGAUGAUAACGUAAUACAGCAUUUAUUUACAUCAUUACGACAGCAGUAUUAUGAAACUAAAAAGAUACGCGACUCUGUAACAAUAAUAAUUGACGAGAUAACGCAUCUAUUCGAUUUAAAUUUGAGCUUAAAGGAAGUCUGGCUGUACACCAAAUACUUGAGGUCGCUGAUGGAAUCAGAGCCGACACUCGCGCUGUGUGUUAUGGGUCACUCAUAUCAAACUGAUGCUGAUAAUUGCUAUCCGAAUCUUAUCGUAAAAGUAAUAAGACGCAUGUCACAUUUAUUCGUCAUCACUGAACCUUUAAAAACGGGGUACGCUAAUGAUAUAUCGGGUAAUAUGCACGUGCAGUGGAGAGUCGCUGCCAUCAGGAAGCAGCACCACUGGUCCGAGCGCACGACUUAUCAGUACAAAUUAUUAGAUCGACAAAUAAAAUUAUUUACACCUGGUGGACUUGCUAUCUCCUCGUAAAAUUAUUAACGUCCGAUCUAUUGUGAUUUUUUAAAAUAUACGAUGGCAAUGAUACUAUUAUUUUUGAUAAAAUAUAACGAUACAUGUUUAUAAUAAACGAAAUUUUAAUUUAA